AUGCAAAAUACGAAGCGAAUUCCGGUACUCAGUCGAUGUGAACCAGCUAAACACGAGUAUAAGAAAUCGUCGUACGUGGAGAUUUAUAAUGUGCUACAAUCCUUAAGGAAGUAUGUAUCCAUAUUUCCAUGCAAUGCUCACACAUUUUUCAGAAAAAAAUCAAGAUCAAGUUACUAUCAGGCAGUUGGACUAUAUAGUGCCCUACAGCUCUUAAUAGACUUUAUUUAUUCUGGGAAAAUCUCGAUCACUGAAAAAAAUGUGAAGAUUUUGUUGCCCGCAUCGAAUCUUUUGCAGUUACAAGAAGUCAAAAACGCAUGUUGUGAUUUUUUACAGGCACAAAUAUGUCCUACAAAAGUUAUUGGGAUAAUUGCUUUAGCUGAUUUACACAGCUGUACGAAAUUGUUAAGAAGUUCAGAAUUAUUUAUUCAACAACACUUUUCGGAGGUGGUAGAAGGAAAUGAAUUCCUGUCCUUGUCAUCCGAGCAAAUAGUUAAGUUGAUCUCCAGUGAUGAACUUAAAGCUCCAUCUGAAGAAAAAGUAUGCAAAAUAUUUGAAAGUGUUAUCCGGUGGGUAAAACAUGAUUUGGAUUCCAGAAAACAAAUUUUGCCCCAAUUAAUGGAACAUGUGCGUUUGCCAUUAACAUCGAAAGAUUACAUAUCAAAAAAUGUAGUUGAUGAACCUCUUCUUAAUAAUUGUUUUAAAUGUAAAGAUUACGUAUUCGAAGCAUUACGUUUUCAUUUUAUUAAGUCAGAAGAACUUAUCACAAUUCCACAUAACAUUCGGACAAAACCAAGACAGCCUGGUGGUACACACAAAGUUAUCUUAGUUGUUUGUGGAAGAGGGCACGGUAGUGUAGAGUUAGAUAGUACAGAAUGGUAUGACCCAAAAAUCAACCAAUGGCAGACUGGACCAAAAAUGAUUACACCACGUUACGCUGGUGGUCUAGCUGUAGUAAAUGAUAAUUUUGUGUUAUGUUUGGGUGGUAGAAAUUCCGAAUCAAUUUUACAAUCAGUUGAUGGGAUAGAUUUAUAUUCAGAUUCACCUCAUUGGAGACCAACCAAUGACAUGUUAAUUAAACGUCAUUGGUUUGCCGUUGGCGUGAUUAAUAAUUAUAUUUAUGUUGUUGGCGGUCAUGAUGGAAAUAGUUAUUUAAACAAGGCAGACGUUUUUGACUGCAGAACUCGAGAAUGGCAUACGAUAUCUAAUAUGUCUACUAAACGAGCUGGUCAUGGGCUUGGAGUACUGAAUAAUAUUUUAUAUGUGGUAGGAGGUUCUAAUUCAGUGCAUAAAUUAAACUCCGUCGAAUGUUAUCAUCCCAGUCUUGAUAAAUGGACACCAGUUGCAGACAUGUGUGUACGUCGAAGUGGAGUGGGUGUUGGAGUUUUACAUGAUGUACUGUAUGCUGUGGGCUGUUGGGAUGGUGCUCAGGUUUGGAGUAGUGUCGAAGCAUACAGACCGAGUACGGGAGUUUGGUCUCCGAUUCCGGACAUGCAUUUGAGUCGACGUAGUGCUGGCGUAGCUGUAUUAGGUGGAUUAUUGUAUGUCAUCGGUGGUCACGACGGAGUUUCUUUUUUAGGUUCUGUAGAAUGUUACAACCCAAACACCAAUACCUGGUCCAUGGUCACAGCGUCAAUGAAUGUUGCACGGUUUGGAGGAAGAGCCGUAGCCAUUGAUGUUCCACAAUAUUUUAAAACUUGAUAGCAUUCAUAUUUUUUUUGAUUCAAUAUAUUACUACUAUCUCAUAUUGUAAAUAAUAUCUUUAUUAUUUUUUAUAAUUUUAAGUGUUUGAAUGUUUUAUGAAAAGGUUUUUCGUACCUACACUUUAAAAAGAUGGCCAAUGAUAGGCCACCAUAAUUCGAUGGCAUAGAGGCCAAAAGUUGUAUUUAAAAUUUUUCUCAAAAUCGUUUUAUAAGUCUAUUGGGUUAAUCUUAUAUAAAUAUCAAUUGGACAAAUCUAACAACACUUGCUUAUUUUGUCAAAAACAAUAAAUUUAAUAUUUUGUACUUGUAAUGUUUUAGAUAAUAUUGAAUAUGUUUAUCUAUUCAUGCAAAAAAUGAUUAUGCUGUUUGAUAAAUGACUUUAACAACAAUUUAUUUUAUAUUAAUGGACUGUAUAUUUAAUAUUAUUUACGCGAGUGCGUCACCGACAACUCGACAACACCGACUGAAUCACAUGCAUAGUAUGAUCACAAUAUAAUUUAUAAUGACAUAAAAUAUAGAUACGGGUUUCUUUAGAUUACGGAAUUACAUUUGCCUACGUUAAAUGAUAUGUAUAACAAACCAAAUUAUAUAAAAAUACCUCAUUCGCACAGAACAUAUUGUGUGCUUUCAUUUUUUUUGGGUAACGGACAUAGCAAUCGAACAGCACGCCUUUUGAAACUCAAAUUUGUGUACACCUUGGCUACUCUCGCUACACCGUCAGGUCCUGGAUGAACAUCUGUGGUUCUGCCCAAUAAUCACUUUAACGGGGGCAAAUUAUUUUCUUUUAUUAAUACCAGCGUGCCCGGUUGAAUGGAUGGCCCUCUAGAUGUUGACCAUUUGUUUCGUCCUUGUAGCUGCCCCAAGUACUCCUUGCUCCAUCGAGUCCAAACGUGUUGCACAAGUUGCUGAACUCUUUGCCACCGAGAUAAUCUAUUUAUUGGCAUACCUCCUACAUCCCGUUCAAGCAGUUUGCGCAGUGAGCUACCUAUUAGGAAAUGGGCAGGAGUAAGGACAUCCAAAUCCAUAGGGUCCUCGGAUAAAGGAAUUAAAGGACGCGAGUUUAAGCAACAUUCUAUUUGGGUUAAUACCGUAUAUAGUUCAUCGUAUGUUAAUUGUGAAUUUGCAAUGGUACGAUUUAAGUGUUUUUUACGGCCUUGACGGUGGCCUCCCAUAAACCACCAAAAUGAGUGGAACGUGUUGGUAUAAACUUCCAAUUAAUUUCUUGUAACGCUAAUGUGUCUUGGACGCGGUUUUUGUGUUGUUCUGAGAGAAGAAAUGUAGACAAAUCGCUCAAUUUCUUAUUAGCACCUACAAAGUUUGUACCAUUAUCCGAAAAAAUGUUACCGCAUAUUCCUCGUCAUGAGAUAAACCGGUGCAAGGCUGCUACAAAAGCAUCAGCGGUGAGAUCACAUACUAGUUCUAUAUGCACAGCUCUACUUGCCAUUCAUAUAAAAAUUCAUAUAUAUGCUUUCUGCAACGGUGCAUUUCUACGCGCAUGCGACUUCAUCAGCAUUGGUCCAGCAUAAUCAACGCCCGUAUUUUCAAAACAUCGUAGUUGCCGGUUUACUCUUGGUGUGGGUAAAAUACCCAUAUUUGACUCUAUGAUAUUACGUUUAUUUUUAAAACAAAUUACACAUUGAUGGGCGACUUUCCGAGUGGUUCGGCGCCCAUUUAUCGGCCAAUAUUUUAAUCGCACGUUCGCUAACAUUGCUUGGGGCCCGGCAUGUAAUGACAUUUCGUGUUCGUUUCUAAAAAUUAGGGUAUCAAAAAUGGCACGCGUAUGGAAUCAGAAUAGGAUACCGCUGGUUAUGAGCUAGAUCCGUCGCAUUACCAAGGCGACCACCCACACGCAAUAUAUUUUCUUUAUCGAAGAAUGGGCUUGAUGACUGCAAUUUUUUAUUACUUAAUGGCUGAUCAAAAAACUGAUUUUGUAAGAGUUUAAUAAAUGUUUUCACUGAUUUUUGAAUUUCGUCAUUACCGAGUGGACCUAAGAAUUUUUUUUUUGAUUUUAAUUUAAUUGAAAUAUUAUGCACAAACCUUAAUGUGUAUGCAAACACACGCUGAAAACGACUUAAUUUUGAAUAUUUUUCAGACAAUCGAACAAAAUAAUUAUUUUUUGUUACUUAGGCAACCGUUACCACUGAGUUUGACUGCUUACGCGAUUCGCAUAUUGUAUCAUCGUCUUCAUGUAUUUGAUAAAGUGUUUCCCAACUCGCCUGCUCGGCCAUCAACCACGCUGGUCCGUUCCACCACAGCGUACAAUUUUGUAGGUCUUGUACAUCACACCCCCUGGAUAACAUGUCGGCCGGGUUCUCCUUUGUAUUUACAUACGACCAUGACCACUGUGACGAGAACCUUUGAACCUUACUUACAUGGUUGGCUACGAACGGUUUCCAACGCAUUGCAUCUGCUGCGAUCCAUGCUAAUGCUACUUUGGAGUCACUCCAACAAUACGUGAUUUUUUACUGCAUUUCUGAAAAUAGGUACCUAUCUAAAGACGACAACAUUUUUAUUUUUUGUGCAGGUAGCGUGACAUUUUGAUCUUUUUUUCCGUAUGAACAUUGAUCUGAUUGGUUUUGUUAAUAUUUAAUUUUUAUUUAGAUAUUUUAGUUGGUGGUUGGUACCACAAUAGUAUAUUAUAACCUAUAAGUUAUUAUUAGAAUGUACAUAUACAAUCUCAUUUCAUACUAUUUUCGUACAAUUUUAAAAUAAAUAU